AUGGCUGAAAGUGUGCAUGAGUCAACUCCUUCCCGAAACAACUAUGUCCAAGUCAUCAACAAUACAACAAAUCAAGCAUUACCAACAUCCUCAUCCCCAUCAUCAUCAUUAACGAAACUAAUAAUUUUCCAAGCUCUUCCGAAGUUAAUUUUACAAAACAAUAUUAUUAUAAAGUGGUUGAAUGAUUUGAUGUUAAGAAAAUUAUCAUCACCAGGCAAAAAAGAUGAUGAUAAUGAAUAUCCGAGUUAUUUUGAUUCAUCGUCUUCUUCAAUUUCAGAACGAAAAGCGAAACACACAUCCCGAAAUUAUUAUUCUUUUGCUCAUCACAUUGAAGAAACUACAAAAUCUGAACGAUUUGAAAUUCAUACAAUGCCCUAUUAUAGAACCUUGUUGAGGCUUAAUCAUUUACUGAUGAAUGAUCCAUUUUCUUAUUUUAUGGUUCUUUGUGGAGGACUGAUUGCGUCAAUAAUUCCCAUCCUCGUUGUUGUAUAUAUUUUGCUAAAUUUGGUCAUUUAUUGGGGACAAAUUGGUAUACUAGGGCUAUUUUUUCAAUUAUCUUUGAUGUGCAUACUAGUAUUGUUAAGUGGAGUACCUAUUCAGUGUUUAGUAAUUCUCUUUAAGAAAUAUCCAUCUCCAUUGCAUUUUCUGUACCAUGUGCUUAGCUUGAGGAAAAACAAAUUUGAAGUGACAACAUCUCUUCUGACCACAACUCCAUUCUCUUCUCAAUCCACUCCCCUUUAUUAUUAUUCCACUGAAAUUUUAACAGUCACCCCUAACAAAGGAAUUCAACUUGAAAAAAUUGAAAUGGAUAUUUCUACCAUGGAUGACAACAAGUCCAAACCACAAAAAGCUAAUAUUGUUAAUUUAUUACUUUAUUUAUUGAUCUAUCACUUGAAUGAAGAAAACAAUCAAGCACAACAACAUGAAACCAUUCUCGUUGAUAGUAAGCAAGUCUCUCGACAAUUUAUAUCCAUUGAUGACAUUCAAAUGAUUGUCAUUCGUGAAGGAAUUAUGGAAGGCAAAUCCAGUGGAGGCACCAGUGCUGUGAAUGCUCACGACCAAGGAGGAGUUGUUGGAAGCGGAAAUGUUGGAUCGAACUCUGCUGCAAAUGCUGUGGUGGAUCCAGUGUCCAUUCUUUUGCAAGGUAGUUGUGAAAUGGAAACAAAAAUAAGGAAAACCCAAGAUUUGGCAAUUAUCAUGAAAACCAUUCACAGCAGAGAACAAAUUCCUUUUGAAACCAUACGGCCGAAAAAUAUGCAUUUGAAACUUAUUUACAAGAAAGUUCGAUCUUUAUUGCAGAAGUAA